AUGGAGACCAAAAGACCUGGCUAUCUCUUUAUUCCAUGCGAUCUGGUGAACAUACCUGUUAGUGCGCUGAGAUUGGGAGACCUGGAUCUGUAUAGACCAAUGGAGAUCAGGCCAAUUGAGUACUGUGGCCAGCUUGCGUCACUGGUGCUAUCGAAAAUCUAUAGCUCCACAGCCCCCUGCAUGCUAGUUGAUAUCCUGACAGACCGGUUCGGGCUCACUGAUGAGGUCCGUGCCUUUGUCAGAAAAACCAAUAUUCCAAACCUGUCCACAUUUAUGGGCAAAUCAGUUCUAGACGAGACCGAAAUUUCGUACAUUGGCGAUUACAAUGGAGAUGCUUCCGAAAAAGAGGUUCAGCAGUUCGUCCAGACCUGCGAUUUGGUGAUUCACAUUGGCGCGUUCAAUAACGAGAUCAAUUCAGGAAAACACACCCUUUACAAUGGCCUCCACCCUGAAUCCUUGAUAAUCAUGAACCACGAAAAUAUCAUUAUUGGAUCGACCAAGUUCGAUGUUGGUUUUGUGCCUGUACUUCCUAAAAUUGUAUCAAAUCUGAACCCGUCAAAGCUCCCGCAGUUCACCAUCCCUCGCAUGGAACACCAUAUCGAAGAAACGCCGUCAACAGCUGCGAUCACACAAUCACAGCUAUUAUCUUCGCUCCAAAAGUUCAUCCAGCCAAACGAUAUAGUUGUCGACAGCAUUUUUAUCUCUCAAUAG